AUCCACGAGACCGUCUACAACUCGAUCAUGAAGUGCGACGUCGACAUCCGUAAGGAUCUCUACGCCAACAACGUCCUCUCUGGUGGCACUACCAUGUACCCUGGUAUCGCCGAUCGUAUGCAGAAGGAAAUCACCGCCCUCGCACCCUCGACUAUCAAAAUUAAGAUCAUCGCUCCUCCCGAGAGGAAGUACUCCGUAUGGAUCGGUGGUUCCAUCUUGGCUUCUCUGUCUACCUUCCAACAGAUGUGGAUCUCCAAGCAAGAGUACGACGAGUCCGGCCCCGGCAUCGUCCACCGCAAAUGCUUCUAAGCGCGUCGUUAUACGAUCACCAUCGACGUGGCGCAAUCUUCGAAAGAACAUCGUCCCUCGAGGAGAACGUGUGAAUAACACCGCGCCGUUCGUCCUCGUGCAAUCAAGCUGCUACAAGAAAACAUCAUCAGAACAACAUCAUCAUGACUCUCAGUCAUCAUUGGAUCUCACCGAAAUGUCAUCGUCGCAGCCUUGCUCGUCGUUGCGUAAACAACGACAGCCUGGUUGAUCAUUUUCUGUCGCCGCAACAUUCCGUAAAGUUGCGCGCGACAUCAUUGCUCACUUGGCGUCAUCAUCAUGGCCGAGGUAGCGGUCGGCGGUUUGGCUCUCGUCACAGGAUCUCAUCCGUGGUAGCCUGGACAUUGUUGAGCAUCGAAAAGAAUCCCCGUACAUGCGGAGAGACGAUACAAAUGUAUCUUUCGACUUGCGAAAGAAACAUUAUGAACAGAUGUAAGGAUACGCGAGGACCUUCGAGGCUGUGCUUGGCAACGGCAUCGAGACUACUUCGGGAAGAUCGAGCUCUAUUUACUGUCGCGCGAGCGUCCUUUACCACCGUCCGAGAGAUAUCGUCUCGCAAUACGUACAUAAUUAUUUCUAGUCUGCUAACCAAAGCAAACGUUACCGAUGUACUUCUAUACUCUCUCUCUCUUUAAUUUAUUUUGUAAAUAUUAUAUACACUACGUUAUACUCUAUAUUGUUAUACGAUGUCAAAGUCAAGUCAAAUACACAUUAUCUCACACCACUACUGUAUGAUUAUGCAUUCUUUACAUUACCUCACGUGAACUCUGUGUCGUAUACAUAAAGAAGUAUCUGGUUUAUUUUCGCUUGACAUCCUUCCGUAGCGUAGCGCUGUUAAGAUUCUCGUUCAACAGCUCUUGGGAUCUUCGUUUUCCAGCAACUUUUCUUUAUCUGGGAAAUACACCACUAUAUGUAACAAUUUUUCAACAAGGUCAAAUUAGAAGUGCCAGUUUUACAUGAACAUUCAUGAAUAUUUAUGUGUUAGAAAUAAAAGAAAAAUUAAUUCCUCUAGAUUUACUGGAGGUGCUGAAGAUGUAGAUAACCCUUUUCUCAUUUCUCAAUCUUUGACACUUUCAUCAAAAUAGAUACGGAGAGAGAAGAAACUAGCUUAUACAUUUCAUAAGCUGCUUCAUAUGUUAUUUGACUGUAAUAAAUGAACUUGUAGCUGGGAA